UCCUGCUCCUCCUCCGCUCCCCAUACACAGACAAGCUCACACCCCGCUCCCUCACUCGCACACCCAGACACGCGCGCACACACGCUCCGCACACACACUCCACUCUCUGCCGCGCGCUCACACCCCUCUCGCCCUGCGCUCUAAGAGCCGGUGCGGCGCCGCGCCGGCAGUCGGACGCCCCUCCUGGGCUCACUUUGCAACGCAGACAGCUCCGGUGGUCCCCGUGGAGGUGGGAACGGCCGCAGCAUCUUCCCCCUUAGUCGCGGCCGGAGCCAGGACGUCCGCGGAAGCCCUCAGCGGAGCUCUCCCAUGAGUCGGGAUCGCAGCAUCCCCUGCCAGCAGCUCACCGCCUCCGGGAGCCGCUGGGCUUGUGCACCGCAGCCCUUCCGGGACAGCAGCUGUGACUCCCCCCCACCCAGUGCAGAUUUCAAGGCAGCUCUCUAGAAACUCGCUCUAAAGACGGAACCGCCACAGCUCUCAAAACCUACUGCGGAAGAGUGCAGCCCGGGAAGCCCCUGCCCGGAGACUGGAUCCUCAGCGGAGCAGGGCUGCACCGCCACUGCUUCGCCCAGCCCGACAUCCCCGCCUCCUCCACUCUCAGCCUCUGCUGGAGAGACGCCCAGCCCCACCAUUCAGCGCGCAAGAUAUCCUCCAGGCCCUCAUCACCUUUUUUCAACUCAAGAUUUCAACCCAUAUAUGCAUGACUCAAUCAGAUUUGGAGAUGUGGAUAUGCCCUGCGUGCAAGCCCAGUAUAGCCCUUCACCCCCAGGUUCCAGUUAUGCAGCUCAGACCUACGUCUCGGACUACAACCCGGAGAUCAUGAACCCCGACUUCCCCAAGCUGACCAUGGACCUGGGCAGCACCGAGAUCACCGCCACCACGUCCCUGCCGAGCUUCAGCACCUUCAUGGAGGGCUACUCGGGCAACUACGAUCUCAAGCCCUCGUGCCUGUACCAAAUGCAGCCGGCCGGGCCGCGGCCCCUGAUCAAGAUGGAAGAGGGCCGCGCGCACGGCUACCACCACCACCAUCACCACCACCACCAUCACCACCACCACCCUCCUCACCCCCACCCCCAGCAGCAGCCGCCGCCGCCGCCGCCCGCGCCGCAGCCCUCCAUCCCGCCGCCGGCCGGCCGCGAGGACGAGGUGCUGCCCAGCACGUCCAUGUACUUCAAGCCGUCGCCGCCGUCCACGCCCAGCACGCCCGGCUUCCCCCCGCAGGCCGGGGCGCUGUGGGACGACGCGCUGCCCGCCGCGCCCGGCUGCCUGGGCCCCGGCGCGCUGCUCGAGCCGCCCCUGAAGACGGUGCCCAGCGUGCCCGGCGCGCGCUUCCCGCUCUUCCACUUCAAGCAGUCGCCACAGCACCCGCCCGCCGGCAGCCACCACGUGGGCUACGACCCCAAGGCGGCCGCGCUCGAUGCCCACCCGUACCUGCUGCCCAACAGGUUCCCGCCGCUGGGCCUCGCCGCCUCGCCCACCCCGUCUGGCCUCCUGGGCGACAGCCCCAGCCUGCCGUCGCCGCCCAACCGGGGCUCGUCGUCGGGCGAAGGCACGUGCGCCGUGUGCGGGGACAACGCCGCCUGCCAGCACUACGGCGUGCGCACCUGCGAGGGCUGCAAGGGCUUCUUCAAGAGAACGGUGCAGAAAAAUGCAAAAUAUGUUUGCCUGGCAAAUAAAAAUUGCCCUGUAGACAAGAGACGCCGGAACCGAUGUCAGUACUGUCGAUUUCAGAAGUGUCUCAGUGUCGGAAUGGUCAAAGAAGUUGUUCGAACGGAUAGUCUGAAAGGGAGGAGAGGUCGGCUGCCUUCCAAACCAAAGAGCCCUUUACAGCAGGAAGUUUCUCAGCCCUCUCCACCUUCUCCUCCAAUCUGUAUGAUGAAUGCCCUUGUCCGAGCUUUAACAGACUCAACGCCCAGAGAUCUCGAUUAUUCCAGAUACUGUCCCACUGACCAGGCCGCGGCAGGCACAGAUGCUGAGCACGUCCAACAGUUCUACAACCUUCUGACAGCCUCCAUUGACGUGUCCAGAAGCUGGGCAGAAAAGAUUCCCGGAUUUACUGAUCUCCCCAAAGAAGAUCAAACGUUACUUAUAGAAUCAGCCUUUUUGGAGCUGUUUGUUCUCAGACUUUCCAUCAGGUCGAACACUGCUGAAGAUAAGUUUGUGUUCUGCAACGGACUCGUCCUGCAUCGACUUCAGUGCCUUCGUGGAUUUGGGGAGUGGCUCGACUCCAUUAAAGACUUUUCCUUAAGUUUGCAGAGCCUGAACCUUGAUAUCCAAGCCUUAGCCUGCCUGUCAGCACUGAGCUUGAUCACAGAACGACAUGGGUUAAAAGAACCAAAGAGAGUGGUGGAGCUAUGCAACAAGAUCACAAGCAGCUUAAAAGACCACCAGAGUAAGGGACAGGCUCUGGAGCCCAGCGAGACCAAGGUGCAGGGGGCCCUGGUGGAACUGCGCAAGAUCUGCACCCUGGGCCUGCAGCGCAUCUUCUACCUGAAGCUGGAGGACUUGGUGUCUCCACCCUCCGUCAUCGACAAGCUCUUCCUGGACACCCUGCCUUUCUGACCAGGGGCAGCUGCCUGGCCCGAGCCGCUUCACUAUUAGUACCUGCUGGCAAAGUCGCCAAGGGCUGGGUCUGAACACCAGUUUCUGUCCUGAAGAGAAAAAAAGCCGCUCCCAUAGGAAAUAAAGACUCCCCCCACCCCCACCCUCCCCCCUUCUGGCACUUUUCCUUACAACCUAAAGCCAGAAAACUUGCAGAGUAUUGUGAUGGGGUUGUGUUUUCUAUUUAGGCUUUGGGGUUAGGGUGGGAGGUGGGGUCUAGUUCAUGAGGGUUUUCUAAGAAAUGGCUAAUGAAGCACUUUUGGAUGCAGGAGGGAAAAAAAAGGAUUAUAUAUCUGUUUUGAAACUCUUUCUGGGGAAUACUGUUAUAGUUGCUUUGUAUUUCAUAAGAACAGCUAAGGGUUUUUCAGCAGGGUAAGAUGUGUCUUAAGAUUGACCCCUUUAGAAUACACUUCCUCUCUCAAGUGUAAGUAUGUGGUGCAAACAAGGCAAAAAUUCCCUCUUCGUCAUUUCUCUCUUCCUUGAUUCUUUCUUCUUCUUCUUUAAAAUGAAAAUGGUUCUGAAAGAUGGUAGAUAACCUAGAAAUCAAAUAUAGCAAGAUAAAAAUGGCUGCUUGCUUCCAUAUACAAGUGCAAUUUUUUAAAGUGCUGUCUUACUUAGUCUUGUUUAUUAACUCUCCUUUAUAUUAUAUGGACAUGAAAAGGAAGCAGUCAUGUAAGCAAAUGACACAUUUGCUAAUUUCCUAGAAGAGGUUUUGUCUACUUUCCCUGUUGAACCUUUCCGAGAUGUGGGCCACCCACAGUUUGAGGCCAUUCUUGACGGUUAUAGAUCCCUGCCCUGACCAGCUGUCCAGAAAGAGGCUGAGAUUAGAGAACUGAUCAAAUGCAGAUAUUCUGGGUGUGUUCUAACAACCCAGCCACAGUCCUCUCUACUUGCGUUAGUUAUAGCAGCCGACCACCCAUUCCGAAGCCACAGAAACAUUCAGUGAAUCUUACAGGGGGUCCCUAGAUAAGAACAUGGGACGAAUUAAGAACUGGAUUAUACAGGGUAAGCACCAGGGAUACAAGGGUUUUCUAAGUAUACAUCAUUUACUUUAGUUAGCGACUAAAGAGGCAAUUCUGGAGAGCAAGCAAGUCUUAUUUUUUAAAAAAAAAAUUAGUAUGAAUGUGAGUACUAGAAAGGGUUAGUGGGCUGCGUUUCGACAUUCCGUGUUCGUACUCCCUUUUGUAUGUUUAUACAGUUGAUGACAUAUUAUUAUGAGAUGACUUGUUGCAUAGUGUCCUUAUUUGUAUAAACAUUUGUAUGCACGUUAUAUUGUAAUAGCUUUGCCUGUAUUUAUUGCAAGACCACCAGCUCUUGGAAGCUGAGUUACAGAGUACUUAAAUGGGGUGUUCGCAGUGACUUGGAUACACCAGUUAGAAAUUAAAUAAGCAAAUAUAUAUAUAAAUAUAGCAGGUUACAUAUAUAUAUUUAUAAUGUGUCUUUUUAUUAACCAUUUGUACAAUAAAUGUUAUUUCCCAUGCAGUUAUUUUAUGGUUCAUUUGCAGUGACUUUUAAGGCAGUACUGUUUAGCACUUUGAUAUUAAAAUUUUGCUUAUGUUUUGCUAAAUUCAAAUAAUGUUUAAAAAUUUUUAGGUCUAAAAGUCUUUAUAUUAUAUACUCUGUAUCACAUCAAAAUAUCUUUGUCCAUUUUGCUAAGAAACAACUUUGAAUGUCAAACUGGUGUCAACAGUAGUUUUUGUUAGCUUUAAAGUCAUUUUUGCUUUAGUCUUUUUAAAGGAAAAAAAUAACAAAACUAUGCUGUUUAUAUUAUCAUUAAAUUAUACAAUCAAACAAAUGCCAAAUGAGUUGCCUACUUGCUGCAAAGGAUAACCCAGAUAGCAAAUCAUAUACACUUCCUUUUUCUCAAGAGUCAUUCUGAUAUUUGAUCAUGCAUUAUGUUUGUUUGAGAUUUGGCAGGAGAUUAUUUUUAUAUUAAGAAGCUAGGGUCUGGAAUGUUAGGGUCUUGAGAUGUUAGACUUGGAAGAGGUCUAAAUUGUCAAUGAGUCUAACCCCUGAAAUUCAGAGAAAAGGGGCGGAAGAGAUGACUGAACGUUUGGGGUCCAUGCUUUGGAUGCAGGAGCCCUGGGUUUGACCCUGGAGCUGACGGGCUCCCGGACAAUACUGGGAGUGACCCUGACUGAGCACAGAGCUGGGAAUAGCCCCCGAGCACCACCAGGUGUGCCCCUCCCCACUAUAAACAAACAAAAAAAGGAAAUUCAAAGAGGAGAAAAUUGGGACCCAGUGAACAGUAAAGAAUGAUCUGAGGUCAAACAGCUAGUAAUGGAAUCAAGACUAAAACUCAAUCCUCCUUUCCAUAAUCUUAACUCACUGUAUCUUUAGGGGAAAAGGCUUUGAAACAUAGCUGCUAACAUAGACAUUUGACCCGGUGAUAACCAUUAGCAAAGUAGGACAGCUGCAUUAAUUUUUGAGCUUAUGUGCAAACAUAAUAAACAUUAUUAAAUAUCAGAAAGCUAACAUUUCAUGCGAGGUAGCUUCAGACCAAAUUUAAAUUGAAGUUGAGUAAAUUAGAAGUGCUGUGCAUACAUAGCCUUUUUGUGCACUGUUAGUAUUGGAAAGUUAAUCUUUGUUUUUUGUCCUGUCUGUAAAUGGUAAAGCAAAACAAACAAUAACAACAAUAACAACAGAAAACCAGAGCCCUAGAGAAAAUAUUGUCCUUUUCUCCUUUUAGACCCAUCAGAUUUAAGGAAGACCUUUUAGUCGUAAUAGCAAUUGGUUGAAAAGGAAUGAAAAAAAAAACCAGGGAAGUUUAGUUAUAGAUCCCGACAAUAGUGCUGAAAAGAAAGAUGAUAGCCGGUGUCCUUCUGUCUUCCGUAGUUAUUCCAACUAGGAGAGACUCCCAAGUCAGCUGUCCAUCGCUCCCUCCUCCCUCCCUCCCUCCUUCCCUCCCUCUCUGCCCCCCCCCCCACCUCUUUCCCUCUCUCCUUUAUAUUGACACAUAAGUUUAGACAGCAAGAAUGAAAGCAGGUGAUUCUUCCCGUUGGGGAGAGCGCUCUCGGUGUGAACAAGCCUUCCGUGGGCGGAAAUCAGGAAUCCACCAACUGUUAAUGGAGAGUGCCUUGCUUUUAUUUCAGACAGCAGAGUUUUCCAAAGCUUCUCUGCGCCUCUAACAGCUUUGCUCUUUCCUGUGUGUUAACCUGUGGUUUGAAAGAAAUGCUCUUGUACAUUAACAAUGUAAAUCUAAAUGAUUAAAUUAAAUUACAUUUUA